UUUUUUCCAACUAGGGUAGAUUUUUGGACAUGCUUAAUUUCCAGCACGCCUCCUUUUGAGAGCUAUCCAGAUUUUUCUCUCUAGUCCCAUUUCCUGCCCCAUAAAUAAAAGUGGAAGUCCCCAUUGUUUGGAAGUUUUAAAAUGUUCUCAAUGGUCCGUAGUGGGAAGAGUGGUGGGCUCCACCUGAAGCAGAUUGCCUACUACAAGCGAACAGGAGAGUAUCAUCCCACAACAUUGUCAAGUGAAAGAAGUGGAAUCAGGAGAGCAGCCAAAAAAUUUGUUUUCAAAGGAAAUAAAUUGUACUAUGUUGGAAAAGACAGAAACCAAAUGCGACUGGUCAUUAUUUCAGAUGAAGAGAAGAAAAAGGUGCUUGAAAAGUGCCAUGAAAAUGCUGCUGGCACUCAUCAUGGCAUAUCAAGGACACUAACUUUAGUGGAAUCUAAUUACUACUGGACCUCUGUAACAAAUGACGUCAAGCAGUGGGUGUAUGCUUGCCAGUAUUGCCAAGCGGCAAAGAAUACAGCCACCACAGCACCCAAAACACACCCUAUCAAAGCGGAAGAUCCAUGGACAGCAGUCACUAUAGACCUAAUGGGACCUUUCAGUGUUACCAACAGAAGCCACAAGUACGUCAUAAUUAUGACAGAUUUGUUUACAAGAUGGACUGUUAUCUUGCCACUGCAUGACAUUUCAGCAGCUGAAGUUGCUAAGGCAAUCACAAAUGUGUUUUUCUUAUAUGGGCCACCUCAAAAAAUGCCAAUUGAUCAAGGGAAGGAGCUUGUUCAUGAGAUAAAUGAAGAACUGUUUGCACUGUUUGGAAUGAAACAAAUUGUGUUGUCUUAUCCUCAGACAGAUCACGUAAAUGCAAGAACAUGCAAAACAAUCAAAGUUUUCCUUAACAAAUACUGUAUCAACCAUCCAAAUGAUUGGGAUGAGCAUUUGUCUGCUAUUGCCUAUGCUUUCAAUUUGACAGAUUUGGAGACAGGUCAAACCACCCCAUAUAUCCAAAUGUUUAAUCGUAACCCACACGUUGCUGAGCCAAGGAAUAUAUGUAUGGAAGGAGAAUACAGUGUGCUUGCCAAAAUAUUUGAAGCAACUAAAACAGCCAGUCAAGCUCUAGAAGAAGAGAAAACCUCAGAUUGCCAGGUGGAGAAAAACACUUCAGAUGAACAGAAAAUCAGUAACAAAAUCACUGUCAAAAGGAAGCCAAAGCAGUUAAAUACCACGCUACUUAAAGUUGGUCAUGAAGUCCUCAGGCAAAGAAAAAACCGGUGGAAAGAUGGUCAUUUCCAGUCGGAAUGGGUUGGUCCUUUCAUUAUAGAUUAUAUCACAGAUAAUGGCCAUGCAAUAUUAAGAGAUGACACAGGAUCCAGGUUGAAAAGACCCAUCAAGAUGUCUCACCUCAAGCCAUACAUAAGAGAGUCCAGUGAAAAAGACAACCAUUACUUUUUACAAGGCGCAGUAGUUGUUGACCAUGACUAUAUUGGCUUAUCUGAAAAAUCCUAUAAUCCAAGGCAACAAGACUCAUUUGCAGAAGGAGAUGUGAUGUCUGCUGUACAAAUGCUGCCUGCAGCCUGCAAAGACCAGGAGCCAACAGAUGGUAAACAUCAGUCUGAGCUGACAGAAGAUCAUUACAUUGAAUCAAACACUACAAAGACAGAAAAAUGGCCUUCACCUUGUUUGACACUUCAGACCAAGAUAGAGGAUACUUAAGCAUGGUCUUAAGUUACCUGUCAUUGACAAACAGUUUGAAACUUGUGGCAGACUGGAAAAAAAAUUCUUAGCCAAAUCCACUUUCCUACUUUAUGGAUAUUGAAGUAUAUCCAUAUAGAAGAUACAGAAGUACUGCAGCUACCCACUGGCUAAUUUGUAUGGGUGUUAAGAAGGGAUUGCUCUGUUAACAGAAACAAAGACGCAUGUAAAAGAACAUGUUCAGCUACUGUAUCAAUUUAAGAGCACUGUAUGUAUCCAGUAGUUAAUUUAUGUGGGUGUUGAAAAGCAUUCAGUGACCAAAAAGCACAAGCACAGCCUAGUAAAAGCACAUGUUGUCAUCAUGUAUUUGAAUUUCAGGUACAGUUGGUAGAAGAGCUGUUUGGCUGUACCUGACUGUUAUCCUCACAAUGCAUCAUUUUACUGUAAUAACCUUUUCAUUAAUCCUUAGAUAACUCAUUUCUAAUGUCAUCUAAGGAUUAAUGAAAUGUGUGUUGAAGAUACUGUGGGGUGAAUAUAAUCUAAGCAACUUGAUGUAAAUUUUACCUCCAGUGUAGGGAAGCUGGUGUCCUCCUUUUCCUGUUAUAAAGAGAAACUGGUUUAUGCUGAGAAGCUGCAAAUAUUGAUUUCUGCAGCUUUUAGUUUGUAGUCUAACCCACAGCUCUAAGAUUUCACGAAAUACCAGAGCUGCCAAAAUCAAGUCAUGUAGUGUUCUGCACGUGAAAAUGUGUGUCCCUUCAGCUGCUCCCACUUAUCAAAAUUCUGCUAGGGUAAGCAGUUUGAAUUUCUCAAAAUCUUAAGUGUAUUUAGCAUUAAUUUCUGCUUUUUUCCCUCCAAACA